UAUGUGCUAAGUACUUCUCAAUUUGCAAUAACAAAAAUAGAAAACUUUCGCAUAGCCUCGUGAUGUGUCGUUGUUUCUAAAUACGUGUCUAUAGCUACACUUCGAUUGACGUCGCUGUAUCAUUGAUUCGUUAACCAUAAGAUCGCAUUACUCACAAUGACUAAACUAAGAGAUGAUAAGUUAACAUCAGUUAAGGUUUAGUGGAAGGCAUAGUCUUAUCGUACACGCAUUAGUUAAAAAUCAUCGCAUGGUGUGGUGUUAUCAGUUUAGUUAAAUAGUGCGUACGAGCGUAGAUAUACCUCGUACAAAGUUCCAUUACAGUCUUCACUAGUAUUUAGUUCCGAACGGAUCGUAAAUAUGAAGCCUCUGACUGAUUUGCCUGCCAUAUCAAGAUUGUCAAGUACAGUGAUACGCAUCUUAGGUUGUAAUCCAGGACCUAUGACGUUGCAAGGUACCAAUACAUAUCUUGUAGGCACAGGAACCAGGCGUAUACUAGUUGAUACUGGAGAACCAAAAACUGCAGAUGAAUAUACAAAAGUACUGUCUAAAGUACUAAAAGAAGAAAAUGCUACAAUUGAACAUUUAGUAAUAACUCACUGGCACAUAGACCAUAUAGGUGGAGCCAAUGCUGUUCAGAACAUGUUAAAAACAAUGAAUCCUGCUAAUACUAGUACAGUAUGGAAAUUACCUAGAUCACCAGACGAUAACAAACUAGGUGAAGAGGAAAAAUUGACUAACUGGCAACCAUUGAAGGACAAACAAAUAGUGGAAGUAGAAGGUGCUAAGCUUUCUAUUCAACAUACUCCAGGACAUACCACAGAUCAUGCUUCCCUUGUACUAGAGAAUGAAGGGAUACUGUUCAGUGGAGAUUGUAUCCUUGGAGAAAGAACUGCAAUUUUUGAGGAUUUAUAUAGUUACAUGGAAUCAUUGAAAAAAAUGUUGGCACUGAAACCUCAGUUAAUUUAUCCUGGUCAUGGACCAGUAAUAUCAGAUCCUGAGUCCAAUAUUAAGUUUUAUAUUCAGCAUAGACAAAAAAGAGAAGCUGAAAUUUUAAAAAUUUUAGAGAGAAAUUCAGAGAGCAGUACAUUAUCCGAAAUGGACAUUGUUAAACAUAUAUACACGGAUACCUCACAAAUCAUGUGGGAAGCAGCAGCUUACAAUGUACAUCACCAUCUAAAUAAAUUACUGAGAGAGGGUAAAGUUAGGGGUGAAAAAGGAAAAUGGCAGAGUUUAUAAUAUAAUUGUACCUAGCAUAUCAAUUCAUUUAAAACCAACAUAUUUUUAAGUUAUUAUAUAGAUAAUUCUGAAACGAUAUUUCAAAACGUUAUAUAAAUGUUAU